AGCGGGGCCCUUUGUCCUCAGUGGCUGGGACGCAGCUGCCGGGUGGUGUCGCGCUCCGGCCCGGCGCGAGCGACUGAGUGGCUGCGGGGACCGAGCGCGCCGCACGCACAGGCAGGAGCAGCCCGCACUCAAGCUUUCGGCGGGGUCCUGCGGCUGCACUAUGACUCUGGAGGAAUUCCCGGCCGGAGAGCAGAAGACCGAAAGGAUGGACACGGUGGGCGAUGCCCUGCAGGAGGUGCUCAGCAAAGCCCGGAGUCAGCGCAGCCUCACCGUCGGGGUGUACGAGGCGGCCAAGCUGCUCAACGUAGACCCGGAUAACGUGGUGCUGUGCCUGCUGGCGGCCGACGAGGACGACGACCGGGACGUCGCCCUGCAGAUCCACUUCACCCUGAUCCAGGCGUUCUGCUGCGAGAACGACAUCGACAUUCUGCGCGUCAGCAACCCGGGCCGCCUGGCCGAGCUGCUGCUACUGGGCGCGGACGCGGGCGGCGAGGGCGCCGCGCAGCCCCCGGACCUGCACUGCGUGCUGGUGACGAAUCCGCACGCGUCGCAGUGGAAGGAUCCGGCCCUGAGCCAGCUCAUCUGCUUCUGCCGGGAGAGCCGCUACAUGGACCAGUGGGUGCCGGUCAUCAACCUGCCCGAGCGGUGACCGAGCAGUGAGGACGCCGAGCCGAAUUGCACCGAAGUUUGGAAAUACCCUUGUAGUUACUCCUCAAUUACUCCCCACGCCGGCGCCGAUCACAGAAACUGAGGCCAAGGCCUGAGCGACCUCGGCUACGUGUUCCGGGGCGGAGUGAUAGCAGACUUUGGAGAUGGGAAGAGGAGGAAAGGAAGAAGCGAGCCACGCGGAGACCGAAACCUGAGUCGAAAGAAACAAAGCUUGCAAAGAACCGCGCAGGAAGACAAACUGUCUGCAUUUGGGAUGGUUGAGUUCCAUUAAAGUCAAACCGCGUUCGCUUUGUCCAAGACGACCGUGCGGCCGUAAUUUGGGUAGUUUUGGUUUCUAUGCUCUCAAGUCAAAGAAAACCCAAAAGGAGUUCAUCACACCUUCUUUCCAACCAUAUUUUAUUGUAUUUUGAUGAGAUGUUAAAUUCUCAAAAGUUUUAUUGUAAAUUGUACUAAGUUAUUUUAUGACAUGAAAGGUUAUUUAUGCUAUGAAAGUUUUUGAAUCACAGUACCUAAAUAAAGCGGUAUGGAAUAACUGCA